GCCCAGGGAGGCAGCGUGAAUCUGGUGGGAAGGCGCUGUGGGGUCGGGGCUGGACUCAAAGGUGGGGACCUUUCGUCAUGUCACGACUCAUCGUGAAGAACCUCCCGAAUGGGAUGAAGGAGGAGCGGUUCAGGCAGCUGUUCGCCGCCUUCGGCACGCUGACUGACUGCAGCCUGAAGUUCACCAAAGAUGGCAAGUUCCGCAAGUUUGGCUUCAUCGGCUUCAAGUCUGAGCAGGAGGCUCAAGUGGCUCUGAGUCAUUUCAACAAGAGCUUUAUUGACACGUCCCGGGUCACGGUGGAGUUCUGCAAGUCAUUUGGGGACCCAACAAAGCCCCGAGCCUGGAGCAAACAUGCCCCAAAACCGAGCCAGCCCAAACAGCCUUCACAAGACUCUGCUCCCCCAGAAACUAAGAAGGACACCAAGAAGAAUAAGGUACCAAGUGAACUGGAGAAGCUGAAGGAAGACACCGAGUUCCAGGAGUUCCUUUCAGUUCACCAGAAGCGGACACAGGUGGCCACUUGGGCGAAUGAUGCCCUGGCCAUUGAGCCCAUGAGGGGGAAGAGCAAGCUGGCCAGUGACUACCUGAACUUUGACUCUGAUUCAGGCCAGGAGAGUGAUGAGGAGGCAGCUGAGGAGGAUGCAGAAGAGAAACAAGGCCUGGAACCAAAGGCAGCCGUACAGAAGGAGCUAUCUGACAUGGACUACCUGAAGUCCAAGGUGGUGCAGGCUGAGGCGUCCUCAUCCUCAGAGGGAGAGGAGGAAGAGGACAGUGAAGAUGAGGCGGUGAACUGUGAGGAGGGCAGCGAGGCUGAGGGUGGGGCCUCCUCUGCUGCUCCUGCCCAGCAGGAGAGUGUGAGCCAAGGGGCUGGCCCAGAUCGAGGGGCCCUGCCUGGGAGCAGGAGACCACAGGACACCACAGCAGAGACAGAGAAGCCAGCAAACCAGAAAGAGCCCACCACUCCCCACACUGUGAAGCUACGGGGAGCACCAUUCAAUGUCACAGAGAAAAAUGUCUUAGAAUUUCUGGCUCCUCUGAAGCCAGUGGCCAUUCGGAUAGUGAGAAACGCGCACGGGAACAAAACAGGAUACAUCUUUGUGGAUUUCAGCAGUGAAGAGGAAGUGAAGAAAGCGCUGAAGUGCAACCGGGAGUACAUGGGUGGCCGCUAUAUCGAGGUGUUCAGGGAGAAGCAUGUCCCUGUGGCCAAGGGGCCUCUGAAGAACAGCACCAGACCCUGGCAAGGUCGGACGCUCAGGGAGGACGAGGAGGAGGAGGACCUGGCUGACUCUGGGAGACUCUUUGUGCGCAACCUGCCCUACACCAGCUCCGAGGAGGACCUGGAGAAGCUCUUCUCCACCUACGGUCCCCUAUCAGAGCUUCACUACCCCAUCGACAGCCUGACCAAGAAACCCAAGGGCUUUGCCUUCAUCACCUUCAUGUUCCCUGAGCACGCUGUGAAAGCCUAUGCAGAGGUGGAUGGGCAGGUGUUCCAGGGCAGGAUGCUCCAUGUGUUACCUUCUACCAUCAAGAAGGAAGCCAGUGAGGAUCCCGAUGCUCCAGGGUCAUCUUACAGAAAGAAGAAGGAGUUUAAAGACAAAGCCAACAGCUCCAGCUCUCACAACUGGAACACGCUGUUCAUGGGGCCGAAUGCUGUGGCUGACGCCAUUGCACAGAAGUACAAUGCUACUAAGAGCCAAGUGUUUGAUCACGAGACCAAGGGCAGUGUGGCUGUGCGUGUGGCCCUGGGGGAGACCCAGCUGGUUCAAGAAGUCCGACGCUUUCUCAUUGACAACGGAGUCAGCCUAGACUCAUUCAGCCAGGCCGCAGCAGAGCGAAGCAAGACCGUGAUUCUGGCCAAGAACCUCCCAGCAGGCACCCCAGCAGCCGAGCUGCAGGAGACCUUCGGUCGCUUUGGCAGCCUCGGCCGCGUGCUGCUGCCCGAGGGUGGUGUCACCGCCAUAGUGGAGUUCCUGGAGCCCUUGGAGGCACGCAAGGCUUUCAGACAUCUGGCCUAUUCCAAGUUCCACCAUGUCCCCCUGUAUCUGGAGUGGGCUCCAGUUGGCGUUUUCUCCAGCACAGCCCCUCAGAAGAAGGAACCCCAAGACACACCAGCAGAAGCUGCAGAAGGAGACAAGGGGAGCAAGAAACUGUCAGUAGCAGACAGCGAGACCCUAGAAGGUGAAAAAGCAGCAGAGAAGGGAACAGAGGCCUCCACAACUGAGAUGGAAAAGGAGGAAGAGGAAGAAGAGGAAGACGAGAGCUCUCCAGGGUGCACUCUGUUUAUUAAGAAUCUCAACUUCAGCACCACAGAAGAGACGCUGAAGGAAGUGUUUUCCAAAGCUGGGGCAGUGAAGAGCUGCUCUGUCUCCAGGAAGAAGAACAAAGCAGGAGUGCUGCUCUCCAUGGGGUUUGGAUUUGUGGAGUACAGGAAGCCAGAGCACGCCCAGAAAGCCCUCAGACAGCUGCAGGGUCACAUCAUGGACGGCCACCAGCUGGAAGUGCGGAUCUCAGAGCGAGCCACUAAGCCAGCUGUGCCAUCUGCACGGAAGAAACAAGUUCCUAAGAAACAGACGACCUCAAAGAUCCUGGUGCGGAAUAUCCCCUUCCAGGCCAACCACCGGGAGGUCCGGGAGCUGUUCAGCACCUUUGGGGAGCUGAAGACCGUCCGCUUGCCAAAGAAGAUGACGGGGACAGGUGCACACCGAGGGUUCGGCUUUGUGGACUUCCUCACUAAGCAGGAUGCCAAGAGGGCUUUCAACGCUCUGUGUCACAGCACUCACCUGUACGGCCGGAGGCUGGUGCUGGAGUGGGCGGACUCUGAGGUGACCGUGCAGGCCUUGCGGCGGAAGACAGCUGAGCACUUUCACGGUAGGUGUGUCUGAGGACUACCUCUCAGGUGAUCCAGGAUCCUGAGACCACCCCUAGGCCCUCUGUCCUCCCAACUGCCCCAUGCCAGGCCUCUACCUUACUGCCCUCUGCACUCACCACGUCACUGGGAGCCCAGGCAGAGGAGCAAGGGCCGGGAGUUUAUCCCUGGAGGCUUUUCUGCCAGGUUGCCAAUGCAAAGGCUCGAGCUCAGGGCUCUGCUCUGUCCGCCAUGUGGUCAUCCUCAAUUCAGGUUCCAAAAUCUGUUCCUUCAGGUCUGGGAUGC